AUGGAUCGGAAUUCGCUGUUCUACCAAUCGCCACAAUUGUUGCCCCAACCGCAAAUAUUCUAUGAGCAGCCACAGCCCUGGAACCAACCCACGACCUACCAGUACGCUGACGCGACGCAGAUACAACAACCCCAGACGGCACCCGCCUAUCAGCUUCUAGACCUUUCCGCGCUCCCAAAUCGCGACCUCGUCCUCGUUCCAGCCCAACUUCCACCCCUCCAGCAGCAGCAGCAGGUCAUCUACUACGAGCAGCCCAAGAUGCAGUACCUCAUCGCCGAACCAUCACCAUCAACUUAUCGUGCGGUGGGCCUGCUGCAGGUGACCGACCCGGAUCCCGCCACGCCGCCUCAACUACAGCCGCGCUACAUACCUCAGAACCUUGACGGCUUCAUUGAAGUGCAGCUCCUACGACAGCCACAACAACAACUCACCCUUCAACCGCAGCAACCGUUCAUCUACUGGCCCAAGUUGGGCGCGCAACAACCCAUCGUCGUCGCCCAGCAGCCACAGCAAGCCGUCGUGACCCAGCUGCCCGCCGCCAACACCACCUACAAGAGCCCAACCAGACUGUCGCCACCGCCACGUCUACCGCCCCAAUGGCAGCAACAGCACAAGGGGGCACCCGCCGCGAUUCAGCCGCCACCACCACCAAUUGCCAGACGACCGCCGGAGCCCAAGUUUGAAAGGAUCCCGAAUCCACAACCAAUUCCGCACCCUUUCAUAUCGCCACGAAGCCCGGCACACGAGCCGCCAAAUCUAGCGUGGCGAAAACCCCAUUGGAUCCCGAAGGCUUGCCGCCGCUACGUCCCAUCGGCCGGCGGCACCGGGCUAUGCCGUUACUUGGACACCUGCAUCUACGUCCAUCCCAGCGAUGUGACCCGGGAAGAAUGGGAGAGGCUUGUCGAGCAAUACGAGCGAUGGUCGGCAACUGUGGCCGCCAACAACAGACAACUGAGCGGCAACGUAUCACGGCCUUUCGCUGCUUCCUACCAACACGCCGAAGUGCCGCGGAGGAGGAACGUCGAAGAGUCGAGCUGUGACUCGGACACGGAUUCGCAGCAAAUUGCAGCGCCGGCCAAGCUACACCCCGCGGAGUCACAAGCACUCGUUCGUCCUGCUCCACCAGCGGCGCCAACUAUCCAGUGCCAACAAAACGAUCAACAUUGGCCGGCCUUGACGCCACCAAAUCUGGAUGUGCUGUCGAUCCCGGACACCAGGCCAAGAUCCGACGGCGCCGAGACCGACAAGUCCGAGCCGGCGAUCCACGCGUUCCCGAUGGUUGAAAAAGCGGCGCAAAGGUUUCUCGGGCCGCUGAUGCGCAUCACCACCUCUGCUGACACGUGCGCCGGGCCGUCGUCGAUCCUGAAAAACAAGGGCAGCCCGAAGCGGAAGCUCUUCGCGAAAGUCGCGCUCGGCCGCCAUACGUGUACGUCUCGGCCUACCUCCUCAUCAGCGACCAACUCGACCGAAUCC